AUGCCAGGAAGAUCUUUCGUCUUUGUGGUGCCCAGUCAGCUCUGCUCAGUUGCUGCUGGCGCUGCCGAUAUUGCUGCUCACAGCGCUGUGACUGUCAAUGUGGCCAGGCUAAUGGAUGGACGGCCCAGAGCAGAUGUAGAGCCAGAUCCUCACAUUUCUGACAUGUUGAUACAUGCUGGGCAUGCUGAUGGCUUGUCAUGUGUUGAAAGUCGCUCAAACAGAAGGCAGCUGCGAACGGUGCUGUUGAAUCGCACUGUUGGCAGAGAGGAGGCCAGUUUGCCUAAGCCGAUGCCUAGCCUCCUACUGGCUCAUUGGCCCCAGCUACAUAAAAUCAGCAAUGCCAUUUGUAAGGCGCAGACCGCAAAGCUCUGUGCCAACUGGGCGCUGACGGCGGCCCCACUGGGCGAGCCUCUCGAAAUGGAGGCCCAUUUGCAGGAGCGACCUUUAGUCCACAAGGUUCCCGACGCGGAGGAGCCGCAAGUUAUAGCAGCACAGAGCUCCCCCGCACCCAAGGCGUCUGCUAAGGAGGCGGAGCCGGUGAGCAAGGCUGAACCGUCCAAGGCCGAGCCGCCCAAGGCCGAGCCGCCCAAGGCAGAGCCGCCUAAGGCCGAACCAGCCAAGGCAGAGCCAGCCAAGGCCGAGCCAGCCAAGGCCGAGCCAGCCAAGACCGAACCAGCCAAGGCAGAGCCAUCGCUGAAGGUAGAGGAGCUGGAGGAUGCGCCUCCUGAAAGCGAAGCGCAUCAAAAG